AUGUGUGUGUUGAAGCAACGCCAUACGACAUUCGUCCAGUUGGCCACAGCCCUGGGAGUGGUCCCUGCCUCCGGUCCUCUGACCGUUCCUGCGUUUUGUCAUCGUAUUAUUUCUAUGGCGUCUCCUUGGACAUCCCAGGCCGAGAGACUAUGCAUCCCCCUUAUCGGUUUAUGGGCUAGUCCAUUGGUACCGUCAUUCGAUGGAGUUCCAAGAUAUUGGACGAGAUGGAUUCAGCCCAAUCCAAUCUCUGGUGUCGAUGCGCCGGGUAAAGAAACCCAAAAUCCAUCGUAUCGAAUAGUAUCCUUGUUGAGGCACCCAACUACCGGAGAUAGCGGGUACAAGUCUCGUUUGCGUAUCGUCGAAAAGAGACAAAAACACACGGAUGAAAGUAUGGACUACCAUGAGCUCCACAUGGCUUCUUCUCCUUUCCCUGGCUCGAAGAACCGGAAGACUCUGUAUUGCCGAGUGUUCAUUCAUGUUACCGUGUCUAAAGAUUCUGACCGUUGGGAUAGGCGACAGUCGACUGAUCAUUUCCCAAAGAAAUUCAGCCUAGAAAGCGUUAAAACUGUAUGCGUUCCAGAAUCUUCGCUUGUCGAGCAGGAGAUUGGAUUACUGUGUUUGCUCUCCAAAUCUGCCACGAUAUGCCCGGCUCAGGAUAGCCCUUGA